AUGGGGGCCCCUUCCGCCCUGCCCCUGCUCCUGCUCCUCGCCUGCUGCUGGGCGCCCGGCGGGGCCAACCUCUCCCAGGACGGCUACUGGCAAGAGCAGAAUUUGGAGCUGGGAACUCUGGCUCCACUCGACGAGGCCAUCAGCUCCACAGUCUGGAGCAGCCCUGACAUGCUGGCCAGUCAAGACAGUCAGCCCUGGACAUCUGAUGAGACAGUGGUGGCUGGUGGCACCGUGGUGCUCAAGUGCCAAGUGAAAGACCAUGAGGAUUCAUCCCUACAGUGGUCUAACCCUGCCCAGCAGACUCUCUACUUUGGGGAGAAGAGAGCCCUUCGAGAUAAUCGGAUUCAGCUGGUUAAAUCUACACCCCACGAGCUCAGCAUCAGCAUCAGCAACGUGGCCCUGGCCGACGAGGGUGAAUACACUUGCUCCAUCUUCACUAUGCCCGUGAGAACUGCCAAGUCCCUCGUUACCGUGCUCGGAAUCCCACAGAAGCCUGUAAUCAGUGGCUACAAGUCGUCAUUACGGGAAAAGGAUACAACCACCCUAAGCUGUCAGUCUUCUGGGAGCAAACCUGCAGCCCAGCUCACCUGGAGGAAGGGUGACCAGGAGCUCCAUGGGGAAUCUACCCGAAUACAGGAAGAUCCCAAUGGCAAAACCUUCACUGUCAGCAGCUCAGUCACCUUCCAGGUCACCCGGGAGGAUGAUGGUGCAGACAUCGUGUGUUCUGUGAACCAUGAAUCUCUAAAGGGAGCUGAUAGAUCCACUGCUCAACGCAUAGAAGUUUUAUACACACCAACAGCGAAGAUAAGGCCAGACCCUCCUCAUCCCCGCGAGGGCCAAAAGCUGUUGCUCCACUGUGAGGGACGUGGCAACCCCGUCCCCCAGCAGUAUGUGUGGGAGAAGGAGGGCAGUGUGCCCCCGCUGAAGAUGGCCCAGGAGAGCGCCCUGAUCUUCCCCUUCCUCAACAAGAGCGACAGUGGCACCUACGGCUGCACGGCCACCAGCAAUAUGGGCAGCUACAAGGCUUACUACACCCUCAACGUGAACGACCCCAGCCCAGUGCCUUCGUCCUCCAGCACCUACCACGCCAUCAUUGGGGGGAUCGUGGCUUUCAUCGUCUUCUUGCUGCUCAUCCUGCUCAUCUUCCUCGGUCACUACUUGAUCCGGCACAAAGGAACCUACUUGACUCACGAGGCGAAAGGCUCCGACGAUGCCCCCGAUGCAGACACGGCCAUCAUCAAUGCAGAAGGCGGGCAGUCGGGCGGGGACGACAAGAAGGAAUAUUUCAUCUAG